GUGCGCAUGCGCGGUGCUGUGACGUGUCUGGACGGUGUCUAACAGGGAUGUAAAAAUGAUCGUUACCGCUCCGGACAAACCGAAUAAGUACAGUUUCUGUCGCCCGCAGCUGCCGUUUAGCUCGGUUAGAAACCGAAAUUCCCGCCACGGUUUACGUUCUAGUCGGUUCUUUUAAGUUAAGCUAAGUAAAACUGGUUUAACUUACUUUUUCGUCGAGUUAAGUUAGCGACCGUGAGCUAACCAACCGGAGUCGGUUAGGCUCCCCGCUGGAUAAACAGUAUUAUGUUCAUAUUCGUUGAUGUGAAACGGGCGCUGCUUGGGUUACUUUUAUUUACUCAGCGUUAAUUCAAGGAACACCCAGCCGGGUCGCGGGAAGUAUCUAGACCGAAGGCAGGUGAAGAUGUCUCGGCGGCGGCUGGACAGUCGCAGUGGUCUGCCAGGCGGGCUGCUCGGGGAGGUCCAGACCCCGAUCACAUUGGAACCGGUGGAGAGCGUUUAUGAAGUCACCGGAGAGCUGGGCAGGGGGAAGUUCGCUGUGGUGAAGCGCUGCAUGGAGAAGUCCACGGGGAAAAUGUUUGCUGCCAAGUUCCUCCGGAAGAGGAGGAGAGGCCGAGACUGCCGGGCCGAGGUGGUCCAUGAGAUGGCUGUCCUGGAGUUGGCCCGGAACAACCCCCGUGUGGUCAACCUGCACGCAGCUCAUGAGACGGACCACGACAUCGUCCUGAUUCUGGAAUACGCGGCGGGUGGAGAGAUCUUCGACCACUGUGUGUCUGACGAGCUGCUGCCAGAGGCUCAGAUCACCCGUCUGAUCAGACAGACUCUGGAGGGAGUUCACCACCUGCACCAGACCAACCUGGUUCACCUGGACCUGAAGCCACAGAAUAUUCUGCUGACCAGCCAGUCGCCUCCAGGAGACAUAAAGAUCGUAGACUUUGGCCUGGCACGCCGGCUGGGCGUGGCCGGAGAGCUCCGAGAGAUUAUUGGGACUCCUGAGUAUGUAGCACCAGAGGUCCUCAACUAUGAGCCCAUCACCACGGCAACCGACCUGUGGAGCGUUGGCGUUAUCGCCUACAUGUUGGUGACGGGCGAGUCUCCGUUCGUUGGAGACGACAAGCAGGAGACGUACCUGAACGUGUCCCAGGUUAACGUGGACUUCAGCAGGGACUCCUUCUCCAGAGUGUCUGAGCUGGCUGUGGACUUCAUCCGUAAGCUGCUGGUCAAAGCUCCUGAGGACAGGCCGAGCGCCGCCGAGUGCAUGAGCCACCCAUGGCUGUGGCAGCAGCAGCUCUGCCUCAGCCCAGAGCCCGUCACGGUCCGCCACUUCCGGGAAAGGAGCUGCGGCACCAAGUGGGCGGCGCCGCCGGAAGACCCCGAGGACAAGGAGAACUUCCGGGACUCGCCUCACACUCAUGCUAAGAGGUUCCGCCUGGACGAGGAGACAGCCGCCGCUGGAGACGGCGACUUUUAACCGAGUUAAAAACGGAAACGAGACUGAGGCUUCUUCCUCUAAGCUUUUUAAUUCAUUUUAAGAUUCCAGAAAACAGCAGAAUAAUUCCCCGCUGAUCCACUCAAACCAAAGAUAACGGCUGGUUUUCCAAUGUGGAACCGAAAGUAUUUAACUCCAGGAUGAGCUUCCUGUCUACUUAGGCAUCUAUGCAGAUUAAACCUUUGCCUUAAGCUAGGACCUUUAUUUACACUUGAUGUUUAGUAGAAAUACGAUCGACCACCAGCAGCUCUGGACAGGAAGUGACAUCAUGUUCUUACUCCGUACGUCUAUGAGACUUCCAGCUGCAUUGUGGGUAACGAGCUCUAUUUUAAAGCUGCUCAUGUGUUGGUGUUUUGGUCACCGGCAAGAGUCACACACACACACACACACACACACACACACACACACACACACACACACACACACACACACACACACACACACACACACACACACACACACACACACACACACACACACACACACACACACGCGCGCGGUGAUGUCACACAGACGAGAUGUAAACGUAGCUCAGGGUUUUUGCAGGUUUUAUGUGUGUAUCAUCUAAAAGUGUUCUAGAAGACGUUGAGACUAAAACGGAAAGCUGCAGAUUAUUUGGAUCAGAUUAAAUCUAACGGUCAGAAAGCGUCGCAGCUGAGUGAGUCGGGCCGUCGCUCGGCGCCACUCCAGAAUCUACUCGGACUGUUUCCUCUCAGAUCAGAAUCGUCACUUAAGCACUUACUUCAUAAGCACACACAAAACAUGGAGUUAUUUCUGAGUGUGUGUGUGUGUGUGUGUAAUCUCUUCCUGUUUUCAUCUGGGGGCGCGCUGCACGCUCUGUUAUCUGUUCUUAAUGUUUUUCUUCCAGGCCUACUGUUAUUAUUUAUGUGCGGGACUUCUACUUUAAUGUAAAUAAUCUGCUCUCCUGUCUUCAGUAGGAGUUAACGGAGGGAGGCGGGGGAUUCCACGCGGCUUCCAGCCAGGAACGGUUAGGGUUUAGUUUCCCAGAUGUUUAAAUCAAAAUGUUAAGAAGAAAAGAUUCAUGAAGGCCGACUGUAUUUAUUCUGUUAUUAUUACUGUAACUGAAGGUUCUGGUGAAUCAGUUCAAGAUUUUUACUCAGAGGAACGCUAGAACUUCCUGGAAUCCUUCACAAUAAGAGUCUUAAACAUAAUUACUGCGGAGUUUAAGAUAGUUUACUUAUUAUAAUUAUUGUUUUGUGGUGAAACUCCAGCUUUAGACCUUCAGAGCAGCUGGAUCCGGCUCUAGGAAGAGCCAAGUGUUCUGAUGUAUGAAGUCUCCUUACCACAAGGCAUUAUGGGUAUUGUAGGUCUCUGCUGGUUCAUUUUUGAUUCUUUCCUUUAAAAAAAAAACGUUUUUUUGCUGUUUAUCCUGAAGUAGCACAUUGACUUUCUCAUGCCCACCCCCCCCCCCCCCGCCCAGUGGCCCCAGCUCACCGUCACAUGAUCCAGGAUAUAAAACAGAACUGGUGUCAGAUGUGAUGAAAGGAUUACCUGGAAGACUGGACUGUUUCUCCUUUAGGAUGGAAAAAGGAAGUGAAGCGAAUGUGGGAACAGACGAGACGUGAGGAUUAAAUCGGAGCGGGAGACGUGAUGUGGGAAAAAUGUAAAGGAAAAGUUUUGGGAAUAUUCCUUUAAGGCUUGGUGUUUAAUGGAGACGGGGACGUGGAGAAGGAGACAACUAAAGUUGUAGAUGUGAGAACAGACGGAGUAAACGUCACCCUGCUGAAGGUCCUGUUGCUCGUGGCCUUCAGAACUGUGUGUGUGUGUGUGUGUGUGUGUGUGUGUGUGUGUGUGUGUGUGUGUGUGUGUGUGUGUGUGUGUGUGUGUGUGUGUGUGUGUGUGUGUGAGUGUGAGAGACAAUAAGCUUUGUGCGGGGAGACUGGCAUCUCCAGUCACGCUCAUCUCGGUGCUGUCAUCCUUGAAAACUGGAACACCACACUGGAAAAGAUUUUUCUCUUCAGGGAUUUGAGCGAGUCUGUCGACCCGCUCGGCUGCUGUGGGCAGAAAACCAGCUUGAAUCUUCACUUUUACCUCUUCACACGGUGUCUUUCAGCGGGCUCCUGUAGAGUUAAACUAUGAAAUCUGAGGACCAGGGUUUGUGUGUGUGCGUGCGCGCUGAUGUCACCCAACAUUCCUGUUUGAGUCGAAGCAGACACGAAACACCUUGCUUUUGCUUUAUGUGUUUUUAUUCAUGAUGAGCGUUCUAAAUGCAUCUGAAAUGCUUGAGAUAAUUGUUGUUGUGCUCUACGGCGGGCUAAUAUGUAGGCAGCUGGAAAAGCUCAUUAAAGGUUGUAGAAAAGA